AUGGGGGAGGCGACGGCGGCGACAGCGGAAACGCUGAAGCAGCUUCAAUCGAGCCUCGAUCUCCUGCACGGGCUUGUCGCGGGAGUGGACACGGCGCAGCAGCAGAUGCAGGCGCAGCUCGACCACCAAGCAGCCGUGAUCGAGAGCAGCGCCACCAAGCACGACGACACCACGCGCAUCCUGCAUGCGUUGAUGGCGCAACUGAAGAUCGGCGAACCAGGGGUCGCGGACAAGCCUCCACCAGCGGACGAGGAACCAGAUCCUGGUGAGGUGUUGAACUCCGGUACCUCUUAUCUCUUCCACACGAAGGCCAAGUGGACGGCGAACACUGCUGGAGCAUCCUCAAGCGCGGGCGCAACAGAGGCGGAGCGUGGUUCUGAGGGUUCUCUAGCUGGCGGGGGUGGAGGUGGUACUGGAGGCGCAGGAGGAGGUAGACCGGGCGGCGUAGGUGGCGGUGAGUUUGGGGGCGCAGGUGGCAGUCGACUGGGAGGUGCAGGAGGCGGUGAGUUUGUGAGCGUGGGUGUCGGUCGAAAUUAA